AUGUUGCCCUAUGUAGAUCAGAUAUUUGAGGUGCCAGCUAAACUCACUGGCGCAUCAACUGAUGAGCUCAAGCUGAUCGGCUCGUUCCUCCUCUCCUACCCACUGGCCGCCCUCCUCAAACGUAUCCCCGAUGGCCAACCCUGGAAGAAGAAUGUCUUCAUUAUCGCCGUUUCGUUGUUCUAUAUUAUCGGACUCUUCGACCUCUGGGAUGGUCUACGCACCUUACUAUACAGUGCCGCGGCUACCUAUGCAAUCGCCUACUACGUGGAUGGAUCACUGAUGCCGUGGAUUGGGUUCCUUUUCCUGAUGGGCCACAUGUCGAUUAACCAUAUCGAUCGUCAGAGGGCGAACGACAAAUCGGCCGUUGACAUUACUGGAGCGCAGAUGGUCAUGGUCAUGAAACUUAGCUCAUUCUGCUGGAACAUUCAUGACGGCCGUCUGCCCAAGGACCAACUCUCGGAUUCGCAGAAGUACUCUGCUAUUACGAAAUUCCCGGGUAUUGUAGACUAUCUGGGCUAUGUCUUGUUCUUCCCUUCUCUCUUUGCCGGUCCUUCCUUUGAAUACGUGGAUUAUCGCCGUUGGAUCGACACUACGCUCUUUGAAGUUCCGCCAGGCACUGACCCAUCCAAGGUGCCAGCUACCCGGAAGAAGCGUAAGAUCCCUCGCAGCGGAAGACCUGCUGCACUGAAGGCCGCCGCCGGGUUGGUCUGGAUCUUCGCCUUCAUCCAACUGAGCUCAUACUUCACCACCGACUUUGUGCUUUCAGACGCCUUCUUGCAGUAUUCCUUCCUGCGUCGCGUUUUCACUGUCUUCAUGCUGGGUUUCACCGCUCGCACCAAGUAUUACGGCGUCUGGGCUCUGACUGAGGGUGCCUGUAUUCUAUCCGGCAUGGGAUACAACAGCUUCGACCCGAAAACAGGCAAGGUCUUCUGGAAUCGACUGCAGAAUGUCGAUCCGUGGGCGAUGGAAACGGCACAGAAUUCCCAUGCUUACCUAGCCAACUGGAACAAGAACACCAACCACUGGCUGCGCAACUACGUCUACCUCCGCGUUACGCCGAAGGGCAAGAAACCGGGCUUCCGCGCUAGCCUGGCUACCUUCGCCACCAGCGCCCUCUGGCACGGUUUCCACCCAGGAUACUACAUGACCUUUAUACUGGGCUCGUUUAUCCAGACCGCGGCAAAGAACUUCCGCCGCUACGUGCGCCCCUUCUUCCUCACACCGGACGGCACCAAGCCAACACCAAACAAGCCCUACUACGACAUCCUCAGCUGGCUGGCAACACAGCUGACCCUUUCCUUCGCCGUCAUCCCCUUUAUCAUCCUCAACUUCGACGACUCCGUCACCGUCUGGUCCCGCCUCUACUUCUACGGCAUCCUUAACUGCGCCGUUUCCCUAGUUGCCUUCGCCUCCUUCUCCCCGCUCAGAAAAUACCUCGUCUCUCAACUGAAGCACCGCAGCCGUCCUAACGCCGUAAGCACCGACACCGUGCUUCCACCUGACCUAGGCCUGCCGAAUGAUCCCGAGCGUGACUUUGACGAGGCUGUUGCUGAGAUCAAGGCUGAGAUCGAGUCCCGUGGUAGACGUGGAAGUACGGUUAAGAUGCCUACAGGCGCGGAGCUGAAGGCUGCCGUUGAGCAAAAGCUUGGGCGGAAGUUGUAG